UGUUACCUUUACAGCAUGAAGUAUCAGAGUUUGAAGAAGAGAUUUCUUGGUCUCAUAGCCAUAAUUUCUAUAGUAAUCAUAGCCGCUUUUUUCAAAUAUCAGGGAAAUGUGGAUUAUCCAAACUGGUAUGUCAUGGUGGCUUCCAUUCCAGAAAAGCAAGACAAAACAACUUUAGGAGAAAAAGCAGCCACUUCUCUAAGAUCUACAGUGAUGAGCCGGAAACCACCUCUCAAACCCACUGUGGAAAAACAAGCCACGUCGGUGAUGAGCCUGGAGCCACGUCUCAAACCCACUGUGGAAAAGCAAGCCACGCCGGUGAUGAGCCUGGAGCCACCUCUCAAACCCACUGAGGAAAAGCAAGCCACGCCGGUGAUGAGCCUGGAGCCACCUCUCAAACCCACUGAGGAAAAGCAAGCCACACUGGUGAAUGUGCCCAAACCCAUGACAAAGAAGGUGACCAAAGAAAAACCCAAACCCAUAACAGACAGGGCUACCAUAGGAAGACCCAAACCCCAGACAAAGAAGUCUACCAUAGAAAAACCAAGACCGCAGACCCCAAAAAAGUCCUUAAGGAUCGGGGAUUUUCAACAGUACCCCAAGUGGGACAUAGAGGAGGACUACCACCGGGACCCUUCUGCAAAAAAGACAACCUGCCCAGAGUCUAUAAGGUCCAGGUCUGCUGAAAUUGAUUGGUUUAAGCAGCUCUUCAUCCCUGACAUCAGCCUCUUCAUGCACAAAGAGCACUUUAAUGAUGAGGAGUGGAAGAGGCUGGAACAUUUCAACCCUCCGUAUGGAUGGAUGGGGACUAACUACACAGAAGUCAAACAGGCUGUGGAAUUGAUACCUGGGCUAAAGGAACAGAAAGUCCUGCUCAGUCCCAAGAGGAAUGACGGUUGUAUCCGCUGUGCCGCUGUUGGGAAUGGAGGGAUCUUGAACGGCUCUCGGAAGGGUGCUGAAAUCGACUCGCAUGAUUACAUAUUCCGUGUGAACGGGGCUGUUAUCAAAGGCUUUGAAGAUGAUGUUGGAGUGAGAACCUCAUUUUAUGUCCACACAGCUCAAACCAUGCUCUCGUCUCUCUGGGGUUAUCAGGAACUAGGUUUUACCAACGUACCCAUGGAUAAGGAAAUAAAAUACAUCAUGGUUACAGAAGGUAUGAGGGAUUACCAAUGGCUAAGAGCGUUACUGCUGAAUACUACGGUUUCCAGAGGACCCUAUCUUAAAAUGAGGCCAAGGUCGUAUUUUGGGACUGAUUUCACACCAGAAAAGUAUUUGGUUGCUCACCCUGAUUUUAACAGAUACAUUAAAAACAGGUUCUUGAAAUCAAAAACUGUUGAAGGAAUAGAUUGGGCCAUCUACAGACCGACCACCGGAGCCUUCGCUCUGCUCCUGGCUCUGCACCUCUGUGAUGUUGUCGAUGCCUAUGGAUAUAUCACAGAAGACUAUGCCAAAUAUCCAAACCACUACUAUGACAAGACGAAGACAAAAACUGUGUUUUAUGUUAAUCACGACUUUGGAUUGGAAAUCAAGGAGUGGAAGAAACUGCAUGAUGCUAAAAUCAUGAACCUGUAUCACGGGAGAUAGAGAGAACUACCACCAGAACUGGGGGUUACAUAAUGCGUUACUGUGAUAAUAUUACUUUUGUCAAUAACAAGGUAAUAUAAUGGGAGUAAGAAUAUUACAGCUACUUUCUGCAAAAAAUAAACAAAUUUGUCUCAUUACCUUGUAACACUGUUACAUUAAAUUGAAAGCUUUAAAUGAGAAAAACAACAAAUAAAUACAUAAAGUGUAAUAUCCCUUUAAGAGGAGCCAUUGGGCUCCAGUACCUUCCCAUUCCGCCUCCAGGUCUGUCUACAGGUGGCCAAAUUAUUAGGAAAACAACCUGUUUUUCACAUUUUUUUUCCCUUUAUUAAGGUCAGGUGGUCAUCGGGGGAGGGGUGUGUUUGUUCUGUGUUUGGCAACAGAGUUAGGUUUCUGGCUGCUCUGAUUUUAACCAAACUCAUCUACUAAAAAAAAAAGGUUAUAAGGUUCUUUUAGGAAAAAAGAAAGUAUUAAAAGUACUAAAAACAAGUUUUAAAGAGUAGUUUGGUGACAUCCUCCUUUUUCUGUUGGAUUACAACAGAAAAAAGUUUUGGAUGGGCAGCAACCCCAAUGAUUUUCUACACUAACAGCUUCCCUAGACCUGGUGAGAUCUAACCAAUCUUUUUUUUUUUCAAGAUUUUGGAUUAUUUUUGUUUUUUAUUGUUUUUUCUUGUUUUUCAAUUUGAGGAACUACAGCAACUUGACUAUUCUGUUCGGGACUGUGUAUAUAUUUGUGGGGUGUUGGUCUGGGGUUAUUUUCGGUUACUUGUAAAUGUUGUAUCUAUAUCGUUAAUGUUUCUGUACAAUACACUUGUUUGUUGGUUGAUUGA